GUGCUAAUCAUAGUCUGAUCAUUCUUAUUUCCACUUGCCAAACACCCGCUAAAAAAUUGUUGAAGGAUUCUCUCUUUCACCUCAAUAAACCCACAAAACUUUUGCAAAAUUUGACUGAAUUCGAUUUUCAUCAACACAAAUUCCUUUCCAUUUUUUCUUACUCCGAAUAUUGCAGUUUCCAUGGCUCCAAAAGUUCUCAUGGUUGCAGAGAAGCCUAGUAUUGCUUUGUCCAUUGCGACAGUUCUAUCUAAUGGUCAAAUGUCAACAAGGAAGGGAAGUACCGAGGUGCAUGAAUUUGAUGGGAAAUUUAUGGGACUUCGCAGUAAUAUUAAAGUAACUUCAGUGAUUGGGCAUGUUUUCAGCGUAGAUUUCCCAGCAACAUUCCAAGACUGGUCUGCAACAGAUCCUCUGGAUCUUUUCCAAGCACCUACACUUAAAUCAGAGUCUAAUCCAAAGGCUCAUAUUCGGAGGCAUUUGAAUCAAGAAGCUCGAGGUUGCAGCCAUCUUGUAUUGUGGCUGGAUUGUGACCGUGAAGGGGAGAAUAUUUGUUUUGAAGUAAUUGAGUGCACUGGUUUCCAUUUCAAAGAGAGGGAAGCAAAAGUUUAUCGUGCUCGGUUUUCCUCUGUUACUGAGAAAGAUAUAUUGAAGGCAAUGGAUAAUCUUGUUGAACCAAACAGAAAUGAGGCUCUGGCUGUUGACGCUCGGCAAGAGAUAGAUUUGAAAGUUGGAGUUGCAUUCACCCGCUUUCAGACGAGCUUUUUUCAAGGAAAAUAUGGGAAUCUGGACUCUCGAGUUAUCUCCUAUGGGCCAUGUCAAACUCCAACCCUUGGAUUUUGUGUACAACGCUAUUUGAAUAUCAACACUUUUAAGCCUCAAAAGUUCUGGGUUGUGCAGCCUUACAUUGUUCUCAAGGGCUAUGAACUCAAGCUGGAGUGGGAUCGUGACAAGCUGUUUGAUUUGGAUGUAUCCACGAUGUUUCAAAAAUUGGUGAUGGAAGAUGGUACUGUUGAAAUAAUUAAUGUAUUUGAGAAGCAGGAGCACAAGAGUAGGCCUGCUGGUUUGAACACAGUGAAUCUUCUUAAGGUUGCUUCAAGUGCACUGGGUUUUGGGCCACAGAUGGCAAUGCAGAUAGCAGAAAGGUUAUAUACACAAGGUUUCAUCAGUUAUCCUCGUACAGAAAGUACUGCUUAUCCUUCUUCGUUUGACUUCCGAGGUACACUUGAAGUACAAAAGAAUAAUCCUGCAUGGGGUGGUUAUGUACAGACCCUAUUGAUUGAUGGUUACCAUAAGCCUCGUUCUGGAACUGAUGUUGGUGAUCAUCCACCCAUUACCCCAAUGCGUUCAGCUACUGAAGAGAUGCUUGGUUACGAUGCUUGGAGGUUGUAUCAGUAUGUUUGUCAGCACUUUAUUGGCAGUGUGUCUCCAGACUGCAAAUAUAUUAGGACAAAAGUCGAGUUUUCAAGUGCUGGAGAACUGUUUAGUUGUACAGGACAAUUUGUCACUGCCCAAGGAUUCACCUCUGUUAUGCCUUGGCUGGGUAUAAGUGAGAAAAAGCUUCCUGACUUGGCAAAGGGUGAAAUAGUUAAAAUAUCAAAAGUUGAACUGUACGAGGGGAAGACGUCACCUCCCGACUACCUCACUGAAAGUGAAGUCAUCUCCCUCAUGGAAAAGCAUGGAAUAGGUACAGAUGCAUCCAUUCCUGUUCACAUUAACAAUAUAUGCGAGCGCAACUAUGUGCAGGUGCAAAGUGGACGAAGGUUGGUUCCUACUGCUUUAGGUGUCACUCUUGUUAGAGGCUAUCAAUGCAUUGAUCCAGAUCUCUGUCUGCCGGACAUUCGGAGUUUUAUCGAACAUCAGAUUACUCUGAUUGCCAAGGGUCAAGCAGAUCAUUCCCUAGUUGUCAAGCAUGUUCUUGAACAAUUUAAGCAGAAGUAUGUAUAUUUUGUCAAGCAGAUUGAACAUAUGGAUGCACUUUUUGAAGCCCAAUUCUCCCCACUGUCUGAGUCAGGACGUGCUUUGAGUAAAUGUGGCAAGUGUGCGAGGUAUAUGAAGUACAUCUCUCCGCAACCACCACGUCUCUUUUGUGGUACAUGUGAGGAUGUUUAUUAUCUUCCUCAAAAAGGCUCAAUAAAGCUCUACAAAGAACUCAUUUGUCCUUUGGACUAUUUUGAGCUCUUGCUCUUCUCCAUGCCGGGUCCUGAAGGCAAGUCAUUUCCUUUAUGUCCGUACUGCUACAACAAUCCUCCAUUCGAAGGUCUAGAUAAACUCUUUGGAGCGCCCAAAACUGGUCCCGGAAAGUUAGGAAAGGGUGCUGGGAUGCCUUGCUUCCUCUGCCCCCACCCUACAUGUCGGCAUUCACUGAUAGCUCAAGGUGUUUGUGCUUGCCCAGAGUGUAGUGGCACUCUUGUCCUAGAUCCCGUCAGUGCUCCCAAGUGGCGGCUUUACUGUAACAUGUGCAACUGCCUUGUCUUUCUACCUCAAGGCGCUCAUCGGAUUUCCACAACUAAAGAGCGGUGUUGUGACUGCGACUCAACUAUCAUAGAAGUCGACUUCAAUAAGAACAAUACACCAUUGGCAGAUGGAGCUACAUUACACGCUGGAUGCAUUCUUUGCGAUGAACUCCUUCAUUCAUUGAUCGAGAUGAAGCAUGGAAAAUCUUCUUUGAGGCGUUUUGGUGGGAAAGGAAGGGGUAAAGGAAGAGGACGAGGACGAGGACGAGGUGGGAGGAAAGACAUUGAUCCAAAGAUGAGUUUCCGGGAUUUCUGAGACUUCGUAACUUUUAAUUUUCCGCCAUAUCGGGGGCGUGGAGGUUGUUUGUAGUCUGAAAACUGGUUUCUUAAACAACUUAGUCUGAAGUUUGACGUGCCUUUGCUCGUGACGUCUUUCAUGCUGUUCAUGAAUUAUGUCUCAAAUGUUCACAAGCUCUUGCCUUUAGAAAUUGUAUUCCGCGUGUUUCAUUACAUUUGCUAUAUUUACUAAAAAGGUUGUUUAGCAAUUUGUUAUUAUUCCUUAUAUAUUUAUAUUUGUGACUAAUUCUCUUUUUCUUUAUCGUAUUAACAUAUUUUUUUUAAAAUUUUAUGAACAAAUUUUAUUUAUUUGACUUAUUUUCGUAAUUGC